GACUCGUCUCAUUUUCAAUUCAUCGCCAGAACUCGAGCAAUCAAGACGCAAGGAAAAUUCAGUGUCGAUUCUGUUGCAGUGGAAAAUGUGGAAAAUUGUGUUAUUUGCGCUGCAUUUGCAGCUGUUGGUGGCACCGCUCUCAGCUAGUUGUCCCAUUUUCCUAACUAUUUCGCUGUCGGGCAAAUCGCUGACCGACGCCUGCUUGGAGAUUAAUUGGGGACCCGAUUGCUAUGCACCGCCCGAGUGGGUGGGCAUCUAUCGUCAGGAUCCGUCCGUGUCGAACUUUCAGCCAGAGCUGCGCAUCGACGGCAUACGAAAUCGGACGGGCAAACGACUGACGCCCAUUAAGCUGGGCAAGCUGCAGUUUCCAGGCGGCUGGAAUCGGCCCACGGCCCGACAAACCACGGCCACCAAGUACCCGAAGGGCAAGUGUUUGCCCUACUACGUGGCCAGCUACAAUGGCAACGAGCUGCUGACUAUCGAUUGCCUGAAGAUCCAGCCCAAUUGGCUGGCCCACCUCAAGGACGCGGCGAACAUGCCGCUAAAGCAGCUCUUUCUGCCAGGCACACACGCCUCCGGCGCCUACAUCACCAACUACAGCAAGACCAAGUCGCUGCUGAUCAAGGACUACCUGGUCGCUCAGCACUUCGAUGUGUGGUCGCAGCUGGUCUUUGGCAUUCGCUAUCUGGAUCUGAGCGUGGGCUAUCGCUAUAGCGCUGACAGCGGCAGCGAAUCGGAGAACUUCUGGGUAGUCAACGAGAACAUGUUCAUCAAUCCGGUGAUCGAUGUGCUACGCGACGUGCGUCGCUUUGUUGAGCUCUCGAAUGAGAUAGUCGUGCUGGACUUCAGUUCGUUUCCCAUUGGCUUCUACAAGCACCCGGAGAUCUACAGCAGCCUCUACCAUCUCAUCCGGCAGGAGCUGGGCCAGGUGAUCUACGAGCGGAACGUGAGCAGCAAUGAACAUUGCGCGAAUCGCAGCUUCAAUGAUCUGCGUGUGCUCGGCCGGCAGGUGUUGCUGCUGUUUCCCACAGAGGAGCUGCCACAUCCAGAGAAUGAAUCCGUGCUGCUCUGCCCGCCCUGGCAGCGCUUCAGCACCAGCUACAUGAACAUGUCCCAAACCCUGGACUAUAUGCGUCUGCUGUUCAGCCGGAAGCCGGACUCCCCUGUGCAGGACGAUGGCUGGAUAUUCCAUGCAGUGAUGAGCAUUGAGCAGGCGCUCAACUCCCACAAAUUGCAAACGGCCAAGGAGCGAGCCGCUGUCAUCAAUCCGAAGGUAAAUCAAUGGCUCAACGGACCUUGGGGUCUGAAUGCGAAUGUCGUUGCCAUGGAUUACUUCAGCAACACCAACCUCAUCGACGUGGCCAUACAUGCCAAUGUGCACAAGGCCUUCCUUGCGGCCAAUGACAAAUUUGUCAAUCUGGAAAUAUUGAGUCGACGCUAGAAAUUUGACUUCUUUAUUUCUUUUUUAUUCAAUGAAACAGAGUAUAGGCAAUGUAUCAUCUGUUUCCAAGUAGUUGGCAAUGCGUUGCAUUUAGUCAGUGCACCCACCAAGCAGUUCACCAAGCAGUACACUACAUAUCUAAAAUAAAGCAGUGCCCGUGUUAAAUCAAUUCGUAGAAUAAAAUGAAGUAAAAAUACGUUGGUCAGAAAAAUAUAUAUAUCGCAUAAUUAUA